UCAUCACCGGAAUCCAGCUGAUUCAAUAUCCUUCAAUCAGCACUAUUCCUGCUCGGCAUUGUUCUCCUUUCAAGCCCGUUGCGACUUAAGUGAAAUUUUAGACCCUUCCGGUGGUACUCCAAGCAGGGAGUGCUUUAUUUAGCCUACACCUUCUGUUUGUUGGCUAUACAUAGCUUUGAAUAGCUCCCACCCACUCGUCUCCACCAGGACCAGGUUUAUCCCCGUUCGAUGAAGUAACCUGGUAUUUUGCACCAACAACCCCUGCUCUACGGUCUAAGGACACCUGCUGGGUCCUAAUAAAUAUCGCCAAAGCUUUGCCUGGAACAAAGGCCUUUUACGGUCCCUUCUUGGAGAAUGGAGGGGCCUGACCAAGCGGCGAACGAGACAUCUCCCUUGGUGGGACCUCGGCCUUCAGAUGAUGCUGAUUUGGACUCGGUAACAUCCGUAAAUGAUUUGGAAAGGGCCAGUAGAAAUGAAGGAGCUCAUACGCCCAAUCCGCCGCCUGAGACGAAGAGCAGCUGGUAUCUGUUUUUGCUGACGUUGAGUAUUGGUGGGCUUCAGGUGGUGUGGUCUGUCGAGUUAUCGAGUGGUUCUCCCUACCUUUUAUCAUUGGGAAUGAGCAAGGCUCUUCUUGCAUUUGUUUGGAUUGCAGGCCCCAUUACCGGAACCUUGGUGCAGCCGUACAUUGGGAUUCGCAGCGAUAAUUGCCGUAUAUCAUGGGGUAAACGGAAACCCUUCAUGAUAGUAGGAGGCGCAGUGACGAUAGUGACGCUUCUUGCCCUUGCCUGGGUCAGGGAGGCUGUAGGAGGGAUCGUUGGGGUAUUUGGCGGCGACCCGAAGGGCGAAGGAACUAAGAUUACGAUCAUUGUUAUCGCCACGAUUAUGAUGUGGUGCUUGGAUUUUGCGAUAAAUACUGUCCAAGCGGGUAUUCGGUGCUUCAUUGUCGAUAAUGCCCCUGCCCAUCAGCAGGAGUCUGCUAAUGCCUGGGCUAGCCGGCUGACUGGCGUGGGGAAUAUCAUCGGGUACAUCUUCGGGUAUAUCGACUUGCCAAAAAUCUUCCCCUUCCUCGGGCACACGCGAUUCCAGAUUCUGUGCGCCCUGGCGUCAAUAUCGCUUAUUGUGACUCUUGUGAUCAGUUGCCUGUAUAUCAAAGAACGCGACCCCCGGCUUGAUGGGCCGGCUCCGUCAGGGAGUAUGGGUGUGAUUGGCUUUUUCAAACAAGUCUUCAAAUCGAUAAAGCACCUCCCUCCUCAAGCCGCCAAGGUCUGUGAAGUACAGAUUGCUGCUUGGAUUGCUUGGUUCCCCUUCCUGUUUUAUGCGACAACAUAUAUCGGCCAACUUUAUGUCAACCCCAUACUCGACAAGCACCCAGGUCCCUCGGAUCGCGAAAUCGACAACGCAUGGGAAGAUGCGACAAGGGUCGGGACUUUUGCACUUCUUAUAUAUGCCAUCAUCUCAUUUGUUGCCAAUAUCACCCUUCCGAUAUUCGUUGUCCCUACGUACACACCCGUCCUUACCCCCGAUGGCGGCAAUCAAGCAGAGAAUGAUCCAGAAGCCGAGCCCUGUCUAACCGUUGAUAGACAAUCUAGCUCAGAUAUCCAAGCAAGGCUCGUCUCGGAACCCCACACAGAAUUCUCAGGUGACAAGGACCGAAGCUUUACAAAACGCGAGACAUGGUUGUCAAAACUCCAAAUUCCCGGUCUCACCUUGCGCCGGACAUGGCUUCUAUCGCAGAUACUCUUUGCUCUGUGCAUGUUCAGUACAUUCGUGAUCUCAUCCGUCACCGCUGCGUCGGUGGUAGUAGGUUUGAUAGGUAUAUCCUGGGCGUUAACACUGUGGGCGCCCUUCGCCUUAAUCUCAGCCGAAGUAGCGACUCUGGAAGAAAAGCGCCGAGCUCGACGCCACAGGUCUGAGAUGGCAAUCUACAACGAACAAAACCAGGAGCCGGAAUUUGAUGGACCUGGCCGGGAUGCGAACGGGGAAGAUCUAGAGACUGGUUCUGCAAGAUCAUCUCCCAAGGCAAAUGACGAAGAGGAGAAUCUGGCACAAGCGGGAAUUGUCCUCGGGCUGCAUAACGUAGCCGUAUCCGCGCCGCAGGUCUUGUCAAGCUUGAUCUGCAGUGCGAUUUUCAAAAUCUCCCAGAAGCCACGAGGCGAGCCGUACGAUGACAGUGUUGGGUGGGUGCUGCGAUUUGGAGGAUGUGCGGCUCUCGUUGCGGCUUAUUUGACCAGUCGGCUUUCAGAGGGGACGACGGUGAAGCGAGCGGGGGCUUAAGCAUGCAUAGUACCUCCUGGUAUAUGAUUUUCAUAGCUAUAUAAGUUCAAUAACUAGAGCUUCAUUUGCUCAAUACUUCAAUUAUAUAUGAACAAUAUAUAAAUUGGGCAAUAUAAUGGCCAGCUGAACACAGUUAGUGCACUGGCCUGUCCUUAGGGCCCGAUAGCUUGUUAGCAAGGGUAGUGCCCGCCAGUCGACCAAACGUCAGCGAUCUCAAGACAGACGUAGCUGGAGGA